AUGGUAGGUGUUCUUGCCAUGGCGGCGGCUGCUGCUCACCCUCCAAUGAAGGACUAUGAGAUUGAGCCUUGCAAAAAGCGAAGGAAGGAUGAUGAUGGAUCUUCCUGUAAAACAAUUACAAAAUAUUUAUCAUCAGUAGGGAAGAGUGGGGAUAGGGUUUUCUGUCCACCAAAAUCCAAUAAUAUUCUGGAUUACUUCAGAAAGACUUCACCCAGAAAUGAGAAUAAUCAGUCAACAAAAGCGUGUAAGAUAAAAUCAUCUGUACCAGUGCCUAUUAACAGUGGCAAGGACUACAAAACACCGCUGGAAAUGUUCUCAGACCCAGAAUUGAAGAAGAGAGGAAAGAGAGUUAACUUAUCUCAUCAACUAAAUAAUAUUAAAGCUGGACCUGAAUCUAUAAUUGAAAUUAAUAGCGAUGAUAGCAAAGAAGACUCUAGUUUAAAUGAUGACUUUGUAGAAAGUAGUACUUCUUUUUCACUCCACCAGAAACAUACAGAGAUACUUACAGAAAGUAUUCAAGAUAUCAAAAACCAGUCAAGCACUAUAACCUCCAAACCAAACUCUAAGAAAGUCAAUCCUAAACAAGGCACCACACAAAGUGGCUCUAAAAAAAAGAGAAAAAGGAAGUGUAGAGAUAUAAUAGAUCUCUCUGAAAGCUUAACCUUGACAGAGGAACUAAAUCUAAAACAAGAUGCUGGUGAACAGAUAAUAUCUCCUGUAACUGAUGAAAUAGAGAAUACUGUGAGUGAGGCAAGCCCUGGAGAUAAUGUAGCUAAAAUAACCCACUUAAGUGAUAAUACAAUAACUGUCUCAUACGAAGAGUUUUUAAAAAGUCACAAGGAAAACAAAGUGGAACAGAUACCUGAAUCUCCAGUGUCAAUAUGUAUUCCUUUUGAAACUGUUGGAGAAAUAGCCAAAAGUGAUUAUAUAAGUGACACAGAAACCUGUGAAAGUUCCCAGCAGGUACACUUUAAGACAGUGACUGUUCUUGCACAAGUUCACUCUGUACCCCCCAAAAAGACUGGGAAAAUACCCCCGAUUUUCUUGAAACAAAAGCAAAUUGAAAUGGAAAGUAGUUUUUCUGAUCCUGAGAGUGAUCAGACACUUCAGAAAAGAAAAUCUAAUGUUGUUAUACAGGAGGAAGAAUUAGAAUUGGCUGUUUUGGAAGCUGCAAGUUCUGAAGCUGUGAAACCAAAAUGUACUCUGGAAGAAAGGCAACAGUUUAUGAAAGCAUUUAGGCAGCCAGCAACAGAUACAUUUAAAAACGGAGUUAAAAAGUCUUCUGAUAAGAAAGACCUUAAUGAAAAGUUUUCACAUGAGGAAGGAAGAGAUUGUAAUUCUAAAAACAUCACAGAAAAUCUUAAUAUCCAAAUAAUUUCAAGUAACAGCAAUUCACAGUCACAUACUUUUAAAGGACUUUCUACAGAGAAAAGUAAAAUGAAAAAGCAAAAGGGUAAGAAAACAUUAGAUGCUGUGGCUGCACUAAGUGAAAAUAGAGAAAGAAAUACUCAAAAGAAAGAAACAACCUCUUCCUUAAAAGAAAAGCAAAAGCAAAAUAAAGUUAGAAUGAAAUUAAGACAGAAGAAAACAGAAGUUUUCAAAAGCAGCACAUUAUCUUAUAGUAAAAAUCUUAUUUGUGAAGAUAUAACAAAGGAUGAUCCUUUUAAGAUUUCCUCUCGACAUAAUAAUAAAACAUCAAGAAAAACCAGUACUCCAGUUAAGGAUAUCAAAGUUACGUGUUCUGAAACUGAACCUGAAGUCAACUUGGUAAAUGUUUCCACACCCAAAUCAACCAGAAGAUCUGUAAGAAGUAGUAGCACACCUACUACAAAAAUCAUUGAAAACUCUGAUUUUAAAGAUGCAGAAGAUAAUAGUCCCAUAAAAGUUGCCACUCCAAAAGCAGCCAGCUUACCAGGAAAGCAUAACGUAUAUACGGCAGAAUUAAUAACAGUACCCUUUGAUUCUGAGAGUCCUAUAAGAAUGAAAUUCACCAGAAUAAGUACUCCAAAAAAAUUUAAGAAGAAAUCUAAGAAAAGCUAUAAGAAAAAAUCUCAGAAUUCUGAAGCAACUGAUGGAGAUUUUACUUCUCAAACUAGACAGGCAAAUAAUGCUUCAAAAAAUAUAUCAAAAGCAAAACAAUUGGUUGAAAAAGCAAAAGCUUUACACAUUAGUAGGUCAAGGACUACUGAGGAAAUACCAACACCCUUAAGGCGUUCCUCUAGACAUCAGGCACUUACGGAAAGGAGCAGAUGGUCAGAAACAGAUGACUCUGUAAUCAUAAUAGAUUCAAGUCCUACAUCAUCAAAGCAGCCUGAGAAAAAUCAGAAGAAGCUUAAGUGUUUGAAUGAUGUGCUGGGAAAAAACCUUAACCAGUCACCUAAAAAUGUACCUGGAAAAAUGAAAGUCGCUCCUUUAUUUCGUGCCAGAAAAGCUCAAAAACCAGCUGAUCCUAUCCUUGAAUUCGAUGAAAGCAGUCAAGAUACAUCUGGAAAAUCUCAGAAUUGUGAUGUGCAAUUUAAAGCAAAGCGUGAAUUUCUAAUGAGUGGCUUGCCAGAUUUGUUGAAAAGACAGAUUGCAAAGAGGGCAGCUACGCUGGAUGCAUACAGUGCCGCUAGUAUCAGUUUCCAGAAAGUUGUUCAUAUUCAACAAAAAGAUGAUGGGUGCCAUUUGUGGCAUUUGACACCACCCUCUUGUCCUCUUUUAACUAAAUUUAAAGAACUGAACACUAAAGUAGUAGAUGUUGCAAAACAUGCUCUUGCUCUUGGUGACUUUUCAACAUUGACUUCAAGUUCGAAAAGUAAUCAUUCUGCUGUUACGUUCGUGGGAACAAGAAGGUCUUUUACUGAAGACAUAAGGAAUCUUUUGCUGGAGGAAAUUCAGUGGUCAAAUCCUAAAUUCCCUUUGAAAAAUUAUUUCCCUGUACUUCUUAAAAAACGGAAUGAACAUCUGGCACUUUGUGAAUGUCUUGGUAAACAAGACAUUUCACAACUGGAACCUACUGUUAAUACAAAAGAAACCAAAAGGAAACGAGUGGAUGCUGAAAAUUAUAAGUCAAAAAGAAAGAAACCAAAUGAAUAUUCAGAAAGUCCGAAAAAGACAAGUGGGAAACCAGAAGAACUACAUGGAAGAAACAACUCCUCUGGGAUAAAGUUAGAUUCUUCCAGAGAUUCUGGGCUUGAAGACAUGCUUUGGACAGAAAAAUAUCAACCUCAAAACUCCAGUGAACUCAUAGGCAACGAGCUAGCUGUUAAAAAGUUACAUAGUUGGUUGAAAGACUGGAAGAGAAGAGCUGAGCUGGAAGAAAGACAAAAUUUGAAGGGAAAAAGGGAUGAGAAGGAAGAAGUUCUGUUGGAUAGCACAGAUUUUAAAGGCAGCUCAGAUGAUGAAGAAGAGAGUCGUCUUUGCAAUACUGUUCUUAUAACGGGACCAACAGGAGUGGGGAAAACUGCUGCCGUGUAUGCUUGUGCUCAGGAGCUUGGAUUUAAGAUAUUUGAAGUGAAUGCCUCUUCCCAGCGCAGUGGUAGACAAAUUUUAUCUCAACUAAAGGAAGCCACUCAGUCCCAUCAAGUAGAUAAACAAGGUGUCAACUCACAAAAACCUUGUUUUUUCAGUAGCUACAACAUAGUCAAGUCACCAAAAAAAUUUAGCACCCCUAAGAAAGCUGUUGCAUCACCAAGAAAAAUUCCUCCUUCACCGAAAAGUAGGGGAACAAAGCGAGCACUCCCUCCUAAAACUUUGGCAAGUUAUUUUAAAGUGUCUUCUAAACCAAAAAGUAAUGACGAAAUAGGAGCACUUCCGGAAAAUAAUAAAGGAAUCAAAAUUUCUUCUGAACAGAAACAGAUUACUCAGACUAAAUCCACAGACACAACUAAUUCAAACAAAGAACUUGGAGCAGAAGAACCCAACAAGAAAAAUGCAACAUCUCUUAUUCUUUUUGAGGAGGUUGAUGUCAUUUUCGAUGAAGAUGCUGGGUUUUUGAAUGCUAUCAAAACAUUCAUGGCCACAACUAAAAGACCUGUAAUCCUUACUACAAGUGAUCCGAUGUUUAGUUUAAUGUUUGACGGCUGCUUUGAAGAAAUCAAAUUUAAUACUCCUUCCCUACUGAAUGUUGCCAGCUACCUACAAAUGAUCUGUUUGGCUGAGAAUUUUAGAACAGACAUCAAAGACUUUGUCACCUUUCUAACUGCAAAUACUUGUGAUAUCAGAAGAAGUAUUCUUUAUUUACAAUUCUGGAUUAAAAGUGGAGGUGGAUUUUUAGAAGAAAAGCCUUUAUCCCUUUGUGGAGGAAAUAGCAAGAAUGUUCGAGUAGUUCGCUCUGAAAAUGGCUCUGAUUCCAAGAAUACUCCUAAAAAUACUAAAAGGAAUCCUACAGAUAUCCCGAACUGUGAUAUUGGUUGUGUUGACUCCUUGUUUGGCCUUAAGAACAUUUUUUUUCCGUAUGAAGAUGUAUUUUCAUUUUUAAAGCACAAAAUCACCACAAAGGAAGACUGGCAUAAACUAAUCCGGCUUCUUACAGAAUUCCAAACACGGAAUGUGGAUUUUUUAUAUAGUAAUCUUGAGUUUAUUCUGCCAUUACCAGUUGAUAUCAUACCAGAAACAAAAAACCUCUGUGACUUACAAGGAACUGUGGGUGCCAGUCCAGCAAUGAAAAGUGUGAGAUGUCUCACUAGGAGCCAUUCUGAAGGAGAGCAGUCCUCGAAAAAGUCACAAAUAAAGAAACAUAAGAAAAAGAUGGUCAUACUAGAUGACAGUGACUUAUUUGACACCGAAUUGGACUUUUCUCAUGAAUUUAUUAACCUAUCCCCUGUCUCUUCGUCAAAUUCAGAAGAACGCAAAGCCAGAGACAAAAAAAGCCCACCAGAGACAGAGAAACUAAACAAAUGCUUACACUCUAACAUUGUUCCUAUUCCUCAUCUUCCUCAAACACCAGCUGAAAACAAAUGUUCUGCUCUUGUUUCUCAUUGUUUAAAUUCUCUCACUGAGUUCAUGGAUAACAUGUCCUUCUUAGACGCCCUUUUAACUGAUGUAAAGGCACAAAAGAAAUUUGGUAAAAAUGACUUCAGCUGGACUAAUGGACAGGUUAAAAAUGGACUUUGUGAUGAGUUUAGUCUGGAGGGUAAUGAUGACUGGCCGCCUCAACAUUCUGGAGAAUUAAAGGCAGUUGUGGAAGCACUCAGCUUUACUAAGUGCUCGUCUGUCAUUUCUAAAGCAUUGGAAACCUCUGUGAAUUCUUGCAAGAAAUUAGGAAGAGAUCCAACCAAAGAUCUUACCUUAUAUGUUUCACAACAUCACAACAAUGUAUACUUCAGUCAAACAGCAGCAAAUUUGGACAAUGCACAGGAGAGAAUAGCAGUAAUUAAAAGUGUAUUUUCUAGCCGAUCUCUUAUGAAUCUGGGUAAUAGACAAGCUAGUAUAAUUGAAUAUUUACCAACUCUUCGAAACAUCUGUAGAACUGAGAAGCUAAAAGAACAAGGAAAAAGUAAAAGAAGGUUCCUGCAUUAUUUUGAAGGAAUUCAUCUUGACAUUUCUAAAGAGACUGUGAACGCUUUGGCUGCUGACUUCCCUUAG